AUGUUGUCAGAGGCGGACGAUCCACUCGUGAACGGAAAAAUCCCUUCGACAGAAGGGCGCGAUCCGGCUUAUUUUUCUUAUUAUGCCAUGCUACAGCAUCAGGUGGUUUUCAAGCAUUCAAGAACUGUUAGUUCCAACAAGUUAAAGAAAACUCCUG